AUGGCAUUAAAAUGGUGGAUGAACCUAUGGAGGAAGGAGAACCAUAUUCCUAUAAUGAUGAAGGAUGUGUGAAAGAGAUACCUAUUACCCACCAUGUGAAAGAAGGAUGUGAAAAAGCAGACCCUGCACAAUUUGAAUUACUUAAAGUCCUUGGUCAGGGAUCAUUUGGAAAGGUUUUUCUCGUGAGGAAAAUUAUAGGUCCUGAUGCUGGACAGCUGUAUGCAAUGAAAGUUCUGAAGAAAGCUUCUUUGAAAGUUCGAGAUAGGGUUCGUACAAAGAUGGAGAGAGAUAUAUUGGUAGAAGUAAAUCAUCCAUUUAUUGUCAAGCUGCACUAUGCCUUUCAGACUGAAGGGAAGCUAUAUUUAAUAUUGGAUUUUCUCAGGGGAGGAGAUGUGUUCACAAGAUUAUCCAAAGAGGUUAUGUUUACAGAGGAAGAUGUGAAAUUCUACCUCGCAGAACUGGCUCUUGCUUUGGAUCAUCUGCACAGCUUGGGGAUUGUAUACAGGGACCUGAAGCCAGAAAACAUUUUGCUUGAUGAAGCAGGACAUAUCAAGUUAACAGACUUCGGCCUCAGCAAAGAAUCUGUUGAUCAAGAAAAGAAGGCCUAUUCUUUCUGUGGUACUGUAGAGUACAUGGCACCUGAAGUUGUAAACAGGCGAGGCCAUAACCAGAGUGCUGAUUGGUGGUCAUUUGGGGUUCUUAUGUUUGAAAUGCUUACUGGUACACUGCCAUUUCAAGGUAAAGAUCGAAAUGAAACUAUGAAUAUGAUACUCAAAGCAAAACUUGGAAUGCCGCAGUUUCUAAGCCCUGAAGCUCAAAGUCUUCUGAGAAUGUUGUUUAAAAGAAAUCCUGCCAAUCGGUUAGGAGCUGGUCCUGAUGGGGUUGAAGAAAUUAAGAGGCAUCCUUUUUUUUCUACCAUUGACUGGAAUAAAUUAUACAGGACAGAGAUUCAACCCCCAUUUAAGCCUGCAUCUGGAAAACCUGAAGACACAUUUUGUUUUGAUCCAGAAUUCACAGCAAAAACACCAAAAGAUUCUCCAGGAGUUCCACCUAGUGCUAAUGCACAUCAGCUCUUCAAAGGCUUUAGCUUCGUUGCAACUACCGCCAUAGAAGACCACAAAAUCUCCCCCCUCAACAACAUAUUGCCAAUAGUUCAGCAACUUCAUGGGAACAGUGCACUAUUCACAGAUGUGUAUGAGCUUAAAGAGGACAUUGGUGUUGGGUCCUACUCUGUGUGCAAACGAUGUAUCCACAUAGCUUCAAACAUGGAGUUUGCUGUGAAGAUCAUUGACAAAAGUAAGAGAGAUCCCUCUGAAGAAAUUGAGAUUUUGAUGCGCUAUGGACAGCACCCUAAUAUUAUUACUUUGAAAGAUGUGUACGAUGAUGGUAAAUAUAUCUACCUUGUCACUGAACUGAUGAAGGGAGGUGAGCUGCUUGAUCGUAUUCUCAGACAAAAGUAUUUCUCUGAACGGGAAGCAAGUGCUGUGUUGUACACUAUCACCAAAACAGUUGACUACCUUCACUGUCAAGGAGUAGUGCAUCGAGACCUGAAGCCCAGUAAUAUCUUGUAUAUGGAUGACUCUAAUAAUGCUGACUCCAUCAGAAUUUGUGACUUCGGUUUUGCAAAACAACUUCGGGGGGAAAAUGGGCUUCUCUUAACGCCAUGCUACACUGCCAACUUUGUAGCGCCAGAGGUUCUCAUGAGACAGGGAUAUGAUGCUGCUUGUGAUAUUUGGAGUUUGGGUGUCCUCCUUUAUACAAUGUUGGCUGGGUAUACUCCUUUUGCCAAUGGCCCCAAUGAUACCCCUGAGGAAAUCUUAUUACGAAUAGGAAGUGGAAAAUUUUCCCUAAGCGGAGGCAACUGGGACACUGUUUCAGAUGCAGCAAAGGAUUUGCUAUCUCAUAUGCUACAUGUAGAUCCACAUCAGCGAUAUACCGCAGAGCAAGUUCUCAAGCAUUCAUGGAUCACCUGUAGGGAUCAGUUGCCACAUUACCAGCUGAACAGGCAAGAUGCACCACAUCUAGUAAAGGGGGCCAUGGCUGCCACAUAUUCUGCACUGAAUCACAAGACAUUUCAGCCUGUGUUAGAGCCUGUCGCAGCUUCCAGCUUAGCUCAAAGGCGAAGCAUGAAAAAGCUAACGUCAACAGACUUAUAGUUCCACUGGGAGUACUUAGCCAAAGUGGAACAAGGAGGGGGAAAUCCAAUAAGUGGCUCAGUAUCUGCCUGGUCUGUGAUUUAAAAGGCAUAUACAAGUUUCUCCUACACUACUUGAAUUCUGUUGA